CGACCUACCUUGAAUUUGUCUAAUAUAAAAUCUCGGGUUUGUUGCAAAAUGAAACUGUUUGCAACCGUUUGUACUAAUUAUUACCCUGGACUGGAAAAUACUGGGGACGCCUCAACAAGCAAGUGUUCACAGUACGUCAAAUCUCAGAAGCAAAACUGGGCAAGCUACGAUUUAUAACACCGUACAAAAUGAGGUUGCAUUGACCCUGAUAGUACUACCCCAGUAGCCUAGCACGAGGUGGAGGCUGGAUCACAGCGGUCAGUAACCCAGCUAGGAGGCUUGGCUCCAGGCUAGCCAGCCUGCCAGCGGAGGGAGAGGGCCUUGCCACGGAACGGCCUGGUGAGCUGCGGAGACAAGCAGCGGCGGGGGGGUUGUGAUGAGCGGGAAGAGCCUGCUGUUAAAGGUGAUCCUGCUGGGGGACGGUGGCGUGGGGAAGUCUUCCUUAAUGAACCGCUACGUGACGGACCGCUUCGACGCCCAGUCCUUCCACACCAUCGGGGUGGAGUUCCUCAACAGAGACCUGGAGGUGGACGGACGCCUGGUGACCCUUCAGAUCUGGGACACGGCUGGUCAGGAGCGCUUCAAGUCCCUGAGGACGCCUUUCUACCGUGGCGCCGACUGCUGCCUCCUCACCUUCGCUGUAGACGACCUGCACAGCUUCCAGAACCUGGCCAGCUGGAAGAAAGAGUUCAUGUGUUACUCUGACGUACGAGACCCAGAGAGGUUCCCCUUCGUUGUCCUGGGCAACAAGGUGGACAAAGAGGGGAGGGAGGUGGGGGAGGACGAGGCUCGGGCCUGGUGCGAGGAGAACGGCUGUUGUCCCUACUUCGAGACCAGUGCUAAGGACGAUACUAACGUGGGAGUGGCGUUCGAGGCGGCGGUACGGGAGGUUCUGGCGGCAGAGGAUCAGAUCGACCACACGCUGUUGAGUAGCACUAUCGAUCUCCACGGCAACCGUAAAGUACCGCGCUCUUCUUGCUGCUGAUUGGUUGAAAGGACUGGUUUCUCUCUCCGUCCAGCCUGUAGCAUCCUGAGGGCUAGAGAGCUGUUCUGCUCUCCACUGAUCUCUAUGGUUACUUACCUGAUGCAGGUACAAGCUGCUGAGACUGAUGAUCGGGUAUCAAUACAGCUGAUAAGAAGAGAAUCAGGCUAUCAAUGCAGCUGAUUUUAAAGAGUGUUGGAUUGUCAGUAUCAACACAUCUGAUUUUUAAAGUUUAUCAAUGAGGUACAAUGUAACAGGUACACCAUGUUGUUCAACUCGGUCUGCUUUCAGCAGUAUAGCACAAAACUGCUCUCUACAUCCAGCCAGCCAGCUUCAUGUACCUGCCCUGUGUAAUGUUUUCAGCAUAUAGGCCUAGCCCUCUUACAGAACAGUCAUUUUAAUCUGAUAAUAUUCAUGUGUCCUUUCUGUUCUCCUCUCCAAGAGCACAGGCUGCUUGUGGCACAGCAACGUUCUCAUUCAUUUCUUUAUCUGUCUGUCUGCUAAGUCUGCUAAGGUCUCAUAGGUACUUUGACCAGAACACGAUUCUAUCACACUGUCAGGUCUCAUGACAGUGGUUGGCUGACUGACCGGUAGAAUAUCAUUUAAUAUAAUACAUAGACAUGGUGUGACUGGUGGAAUAUCAUUUAAUAUAAUACAUAGACACGGUGUGUUGACUGACUGGUGGAAUAUCAUGUAAUAUAAUACAUAGACAUGGUGUGACUGGUGGAAUAUCAUUUAAUAUAAUACAUAGACAUGGUGUGUUGGCUGACUGGUGGAAUAUCAUUUAAUAUAAUACAUAGACAUGGUGUGACUGGUGGAAUAUCAUUUAAUAUAAUACAUAGACACGGUGUGUUGGCUGACUGGUGGAAUAUCAUUUAAUAUAAUACAUAGACAUGGUGUGUUGACUGACUGGUGGAAUAUCAUUUAAUAUAAUACAUAGACACGGUGUGUUGACUGACUGAUGGAAUAUCAUUUAAUAUAAUACAUAGACAUGGUGUGAUGGCUGACUGGUGGAAUAUCAUGUAAUAUAAUACAUAGACAUGGUGUGACUGGUGGAAUAUCAUUUAAUAUAAUACAUAGACAUGGUGUGACUGGUGGAAUAUCAUUUAAUAUAAUACAUAGACAUGGUGUGACUGGUGGAAUAUCAUUUAAUAUAAUACAUAGACACGGUGUGUUGGCUGACUGGGGGAAUAUCAUUUAAUAUAAUACAUAGACACGGUGUGUUGGCUGACUGGGGGAAUAUCAUUUAAUAUAAUACAUAGACAUGGUGUGUUGGCUGACUGGUGGAAUAUCAUUUAAUAUAAUACAUAGACAUGGUGUGUUGGCUGACUGGUGGAAUAUCAUUUAAUAUAAUACAUAGACAUGGUGUGACUGGUGGAAUAUCAUUUAAUAUGAUACAUAGACAUGGUGUGUUGGCUGACUGGUGGAAUAUCAUUUAAUAUAAUACAUAGACAUGGUGUGACUGGUGGAAUAUAAUUUAAUAUAAUACAUAGACAUGGUGUGACUGGUGGAAUAUCAUUUAAUAUAAUACAUAGACAUGGUGUGACUGGUGGAAUACCAUUUAAUAUAAUACAUAGACAUGGUGUGACUGGUGGAAUAUCAUUUCAUAUAAUACAUAGACACGGUGUGUUGGCUGACUGGUGGAAUAUCAUUUAAUAUAAUACAUAGACAUGGUGUGACUGGUGGAAUAUCAUUUAAUAUAAUACAUAGACAUGGUGUGUUGUCUGACUGGUGGAAUAUCAUUUAAUAUAAUACAUAGACAUGGUGUGACUGGUGGAAUAUCAUUUAAUAUAAUACAUAGACAUGGUGUGUUGACUGACUGGGGGAAUAUCAUUUAAUAUAAUACAUAGACAUGGUGUGACUGGUGGAAUAUCAUUUAAUAUAAUACAUAGACAUGGUGUGUUGACUGACUGAUGGAAUAUCAUUUAAUAUAAUACAUAGACAUGGUGUGUUGGCUGACUGGUGGAAUAUCAUUUAAUAUAAUACAUAGACAUGGUGUGUUGGCUGACCGGUGGAAUAUCAUUUAAUAUAAUACAUAGACAUGGUGUGACUGGUGGAAUAUCAUUUAAUAUAAUACAUAGACAUGGUGUGUUGGCUGACUGGGGGAAUAUCAUUUAAUAUAAUACAUAGACAUGGUGUGUUGUCUGACUGGUGGAAUAUCAUUUAAUAUAAUACAUAGACAUGGUGUGUUGUCUGACUGGGGGAAUAUAAUUUAAUAUAAUACAUAGACAUGGUGUGUUGGCUGACUGGGGGAAUGUAAUUUAAUACACUGACAUAGACCUCUACAUGAAGCUGGACUUUAUCCAGUCACACAUCUUGUUUAAGAACUGACAACAUUGAUUGCACACAUUACUGUACCAGGACAAAUGUUUACUGCACAAAAAAGGAAUUAGAUUUUAUUUGUUUGAUUUUCUCCAAAGGGAAAGCUGUUUCUGUUCUGUCAUAUCUGUUAACACUGGGUACAUAUCUAUUUGAGUUUCUGUUCUGUCAUAUCAGUUAACACUGGGUACAUAUCUAUUUGAGUUUCUGUUCUGUCAUAUCAGUUAACACUGGGUACAUAUCUAUUUGAGUUUCUGUUCUGUCAUAUCAGUUAACACUGGGUACAUAUCUAUUUGAGUUUCUGUUCUGUCAUAUCAGUUAACACUGGGUACAUAUCUAUUUGAGUUUCUGUUCUGUCAUAUCUGUUAACACUGGGUACAUAUCUAUUUGAGUUUCUGUUCUGUCAUAUCAGUUAACACUGGGUACAUAUCUAUUUGAGUUUCUGUUCUGUCAUAUCAGUUAACACUGGGUACAUAUCUAUUUGAGGUAGUUUGUAUCUAUACCAGAUGCUACAGUUUCUCGUCCUUUAGGCUUUCUAGGUCUGAAUCAGAAGUGUUAGGUCUACGUGUGAGAGUUGCAGGAGACGCCUGUUUUAAUUUCAUCCCUUACCUACUACGGUACGUACAGUUGAAGUCGGAAGUUUUCAUAAACUAGUUUUAAUGACUCCAACCUAAGUGUUUCAACCACUCUACAAAUUUCUUCUUGACAAACUUUUACCUACUACGGUACAUACUUUUUUUUGUGAGAUCCCUUUCAUUUUUUUAGUCGGUCUCUCUUGACACCAAUGAUAGGGAUAUAAUGUUGUUAAUCAAUAAAGUGUAUUCCUUAUAGAUGUGACAGUUUUUUAGUUUGGCUUAUGGCAGAUCUCUUUUUCUUUUCAGAGGUUAAUUUAGGUUGUGAUAUUUACUGUGGGUUUUCUACUAUCUACAGUGGCUUGUGAAAGUAUUCACCCCCCCUUGGCAUUUUUCCUAUUUUGUUGCCUUACAACCUGGAAUUAAAAAUAGAUUUUUUUG